UACCCACGCAACAUACGCCCAAGGCGAACUAUUUGUGUUUCGCCGCCAUCAACCUUACUUGGCAGCAUGGGCAAGAUGUUUAUAACCCUGGUACAGUCCUGCAGGCUUGAAUAUAGCACUUUUACUACAACCGUAUGCUCGACACUGAAAUUUGAAGACCUUUCUUCGUUAGGAUGUCUAGAUGUUACAGAGAUAGAUAAUUCAUGCCACGUAAUCAGAAACAUGCUCUUUCAAUUUGAGCAACCCUUCAGGUUUUUGACAGGCUCUGUCAGGACUCUGCAACCACGGGUCAUUUGGGCUUGUGAACAUCUAUCUGCCGUACGGCGUCUAUAUUGGUGUUUUUGGUCGUCUCUCCUUCAGCGGAGUGACAAUUCGUCCUCUUUUCUCAUCUGUUGUAAUCUCUUCUCUGUUUUAUCCCCUGAUUCGCGAGGAUGCGCAUAUCUGUGGAUGACCCCCUUGCACUUGCAAUCGCACCUCCCCAAGAUGAAACACCAGAAGAGAAAGAGACACGCGAGCAGGCUGAGAUCGAAGCUCGUCGAAUUAGUGAGGCUAUCGACGAGCAAAUCCGCCAGGAACGAAGCGCAUUGAAGAAGAAGAAGAAACCUGUCAAAGUACUUCUACUCGGACAGAGUGAGAGCGGAAAGUCUGCUACGCUCAAAAAUUUCCAAUUGCAGCACGCACGACGCGAGUGGGCGGAAGAGCGAGCUUCAUGGCGGGCAGUUAUUUAUUUGAACCUCCUUCGCAACAUCAUAAGGGUCCUGGAUAUCCUCAGUCGGGAAAUGACCCUAGCCGAAGCCGAAAAACGCCCAGGGUCUACAACAGCAGAGUAUAGCAGCGACUCUGAGGACGAAACAGUCGACCAUGGGUCGGCUUAUCGUUUCUCAGAUAAACACCGUUUCAUGCAACGGCGUCUCGGUCCUUUGCGCAGCAUUCAGAGUGACCUCGAGAGCAAGCUCGGUCCUGAAUCGCAAGAAGUUCGAUCAACAACUUCCAAGUCCGCAACACCGUUUGAUUCCGCGGGCUCGCAACCACUACCAAAACGCCCGUCAAGAGAUUUCGGUAUCAAUUCAACAAAUGGAUGGAAAUCUGCCUUGGAAAAGCUUCGCCCAUCGAUGAUGACCAGUCCCCGUCUUCAUAGACGAAGCGAUACCGACCACAACGAGAUUACCGAUGUGCUCGUUGCGUCCAAGGAAACCAUGGUAGAUUUGUGGCAGGACCCUGUUGUCCAGCAAGUUCUGUCUCAUCGUAAAACAAAGAUCGAAGACUCUCCGGGCUUCUUUUUGAACGACAUCGACCGCAUCGUAUCAUAUGACUAUGAACCUAGUGACGACGACAUUGUUCGUGCGCGCCUACGAACGGUUGGCGUCCAAGAACAUAAGGUCGUGAUGGACGAAGGCAACGGUAAAGAGUGGCUAUUGUAUGAUGUUGGCGGAACGAGGUCUUCGCGUCCAGCAUGGGCGUCGUAUUUUGACGACGUCGAUGCUAUCAUUUUCCUUUGUCCGAUCUCUUGCUUUGACGAGCAGCUCCGUGAAGAUCGUCGGAUAAACCGCCUAGAAGACAGCUAUCUCUUAUGGAAAUCAGUCUGCUCGUCUCGUAUUCUAGCCAAGACCGAGAUCAUUCUCUUUCUUAACAAGUGCGACAUCCUACACAAUAAAAUCAAGCGAGGGUUGCGUAUAAAGGAUCACAUCCCAAGUUACGGCAGCCGGAAAAACGACACCAUCACAGUGAUGAGGUACUUCCAACAACAUUUCAAGGAAAUUUCUAAACAGUCUUCCCCGGAGCCACGGCCAUUCUUUAUUCAUUUCACAUCGGUAAUCGAUACAAAGGCAACCGCGGCUACAUUAAGCGUAGUCGAAGAAAGUAUCCUUCGUACGCAUUUACGGAAUGCGGAUCUUCUGUGAUGUUACUGUAUUAUUAUACUAAUCAUUGCUAUCGAAUCUUGAUGUGUUGUACCACCACCUUACUAAUGUAUCUACGUCGAUGUGAUCCAUAUGUUUGCAAAUUCACAAACCUAUAAAUAGAUCCUGUGCAGAUCGGAA